UGCACCAGGCAGAGUUUGGACUUGCGGGGAGUCCUGCGUGGGUGAUCAGGCGGGAGGGAUGGUCUUUGUUCAGCCCCUUGCAUGUCAGCGUAACGUGUUUAAGUGGGAGUGCUGACAUGGGCAGAACCAGGCUGGGUUUUAGCCUACGCAAAUGCCCUUCUUGCCUAAAAUCCAUCGCUGAUUCCACUGCCCUGGCCCUGCGCUGCCCAUCCCAACCCAGAGCAAGUAAUGAAUUCAGCCUGCUUGCUCUGGUAGUGAUGCUGUUUCCAUGAGCCCAUGUGAUGCUCCGAUAGUGCAGCUGCUGCUGCUCUCUCCUUCCCCUGUUCUUCCAAUCUCAGGCUGUCAUGGCGACUCCCAACAAUGUUACUCCCACCAACUGCAGCUGGUGGCCCAUUUCAGCUGUCGAUAACGAUGCAGGGAAAUCCAAAGAGGCUGAGGAAAACCAGGACCUGACAGACCCUGCUCUCAGAUCCAAGGACAGACUCGUUUUGUAUCACUGGACGCAAUCUUUCAGCUCACAAAAGGUCCGCCUGGUCAUUGCGGAGAAGGGACUGCCCUGUGAAGAGCGGGAUGUCAGCAUGCCACUGAUUGAGCACAAAGAGCCCUGGUUCAUGCGUCUUAACCUUGGGGAGGAGGUACCUGUGAUCAUCCAUGGGGACAAUAUCAUCAGUGAUUACAACCAGAUCAUUGACUACAUGGAGAAGAACUUCACAGGAGAAAAUGUCGCCCAGCUGAUCCCUGAACCGGGGAGCCUUCUCCACUCCAGAGUGAUGCAGUACAGAGAGAUCCUGGACUCGCUGCCAAUGGAUGCCUACACUCAUGGCUGCAUCCUCCACCCUGAGCUCACCAUGGACUCCAUGAUUCCAAAGUACGCUACAGCUGAGAUCCGCAGACAUUUAGUUAAUGCCAGCACAGAGCUGAUGAAGUUGGACCAUGAUGAUGAACCACAGCUAUCAGAGCCAUAUCUUUCCAAACAGAAGAAACUCAUGGCCAAGAUCUUGGAACACGACAAUGUGAACUACUUGAAGAAAAUCCUCGGCGAGCUGGGAAUGGUGCUAGAUCAGAUUGAGGCUGAGUUGGAGAAGAGGAAACUCGAGUAUCAAGGGCAGAAGUGUGAACUCUGGCUCUGCGGAUGUGUAUUUACUUUGGCUGAUGUCCUGCUGGGAGCCACACUGCACCGCCUCAAGUUUCUAGGACUUUCUAAGAAAUACUGGGAAGAUGGCAGCAGACCCAACCUACAGUCUUUCUUUGACAGGAUACAAAAACGCUUUGCCUUCAGGAAAGUUUUAGGAGACAUACACACCACCCUCCUCUCAGCCGUGGUGCCCAACGCUUUCAGGCUGGUCAAACGGAAACCCCCGUCCUUCUUCGGAGCUUCCUUCCUCAUGGGAUCCCUGGGAGGAAUGGGAUAUUUUGCUUAUUGGUAUUUAAAGAAAAAAUACAUCUAAUGCUGGCUCUUUGGUGUUUAGUUUGGUGUCUCUGUGCUGUGUGAAAUCAUGAUGAAUCCUCAGUAACUGUAAUGACAUUUGAAGCAAGAUAUGAAUACUUAUUGUUAAUGUAACAUUCCAUAGUCUAGAAGUAGAAACUUAUACUGCAAGGAAAUAAGGCAACAAAAAUAAGUCAACUUGUAAAUGCCUUUUUUUUAGGUUGAAGUAUUAAACUGUAGUGAACGUCGUGUGUUGCGCUCGGGCGUUGACUGGGCUCCCACACCCACCGCAGUGUGAAACGGCCUCCAGAGUAGGCAGAUUCUGGUGGCAGAGAGAUGGCCACCCUGGAUGGUUUCCCAAGCACCAGGUUAAACAAUGGGAUCGGGAUACUCUGUUCUGUACAUUUACGUUUUCAAAAUGUUCGUUGGCCGCAUCACACAUUUCACAAGUGCAAGUAGCAGAGACUCUUCUCGUAGAAACUCCUUCGUUGUUGUCAGCUGGGGCUUUGUCUGGAAGCAGGGAAGGCAGAGCCAGUGGGGGGAAGAGAAAAUAGAUGGGCAAUGUCAAAGUGGGUUUGCAUUAUUUAAGUAUCCCUUUUUCUAUUAUUUCCAUGAAAACUAGUGUUUUUAUUGAGCUGCUCUUAGAAUGUAUCUACUUUCUAUGUUGGUUUUUUUUUAAUGUUUAACUUGUGUCUUUUACUAAAAGCCACAUUUGUUUCCCGCAUAUAAAUUAUGUUAACUUCUAGUCUGAAUUCCAUUUUAUAGAAGGGGUUUUUUGUUUUGUUUUUUAGCCUCAUGGCUCUGUGACUUGAAUAUCCUUUCAUGGAUUUGCAAAGCAUCUUUCACUGACUGAGCAUCGAGACUCUGAAAAAUGCAGCCAUUUUCAGAACUUUUCAGCACUUUCCUGAAGAUGCCAUGGCUUUCUCUUUCAUUGGGAGCUCAUUUCAGUAAUUUUCUCGCUGUGUAUUUUCUUAGAGACACUUUGCACAGAAUCGCGUUUAUCACUUUCUUGUGCCUUUUGCAUGUUGGAAAGAAAAAUGGGCGUCACUGCUACUCAUGCUUAGAAAACUCUGAGAUUCUAAAUAAAUCAUAUGGGAGGAGUAA